AUGACUGAACCAAAACCGACUGAUCAAAAACCAACUGAAAUUGUUACACUCGGUCGUCCAUUUCAUUUGGGUACGCUUUAUGAUAUGCGUAGUGAUGUGAUAAUUGCUGGUGCUACAUUAUGGGAUCAGAACAUAUUGGAUACCAACAGAAAAACACAUCGGCAACCAUAUACUAAUUAUGAAAUUAUAACUGGAGAUUCAUUUCAAAAGAAAGCAUAUGCGCUAGGAGUUGAAGCUGAUUUAAAACUAAGUCUUCUUGUUGGUAUGAUUAAUGUUGCAGGUUCGGCCAAAUAUGCUGACGAUCAUCAACAAACUAAUCAUGUUACACGUCUUACGUUAAAAUAUUCAACGACAACACAUUUUGAAGAAUUGACAAUGAAACAUCUUGGUAAAGGUAAUUUAAAUUAUCCAGAUUUGCAUGAUGCGAACAUCGCAACACAUGUUGUGACUGGUGUAUUAUAUGGUGCUGAAGCGUUUUUUGUAUUUGAUCAUAAAUUAUCGGAAAACGAAAGUAAACAAGAGAUUCAAGGUACACUAGAAGCAGUGAUAAAAAAAAUACCGAAGUUCAAAAUUCAAGGUAAAGCUGAAUUAGAUUUAAAUGACAACGAAAAGUAUUGUGUCGACAAUUUGUGUUGUAAAUUUUAUGGUGAUUUUAAUUUAAAAGAAAAUCCAAAUACAUUUGAAGAUGCUAUUGAACUUUAUCGUCACCUGCCGUCACUGUUAGGUGAAAAUCAUGAAAAAGCUAUACCAAAAAAGGUUUGGCUUUAUCCGUUACAUUUAUUAGACGGCAAAGCACCGCGAAUUGUACGACAUAUUUCUUCUCGUCUAAUUGAUUCCUCAAUUGGAAUCAUUGAAAAUCUUUAUUCAUUAGAAGUUAAAGCAUUAGAUCUAACAAAAGGGUCGAUGUUCAAUUAUUUUAAUCAUAUGAAAGAUGAUCUAAACACAUUUGCAGCUCGAUUAUCUGAAAUGCAGCGUGAGUUAAAACAACAGAUUGCUAUGCUUUUACCUAAAUUACGUGCUGACACUGAUACUCAAGAAUCAGCCUUAUUUAAUGUAUUCAAAGAGAUAGAUUCAUCGCCAUUCAACGAAAGUAAAUUAAAAUCAUGGCUCGACGAAAAAGAAAAGGAGAUUUAUUUCAUUGGCAACUUUAUCGAAAAUUUGACCAAAGAUAAAAGUUUAGAUAUUACAGUGAAAUCAACAUCACUGGAUGAUAUUAUUGGGGAUAUUGAUUAUAAGUAUAUAUUAUGCUUGUCAUUUUGUCUUAAUGAUGAAAACAAAUUUCAACUUAAAGAUAUGUACAAUUAUCGCUAUAAUAAAGAAACUUUUAAAUUUCAAACAAAUCGAGAAGAAACCCCUAAAUGGUUUAAACAUCGUGACAUUGUAAAUCAAACUCGUGCAGAUGUACGACAAUUUAUUGAAUUCGCUAAAGCAAAUAAUAAUAAUGGAAAGAAGUUGAAAUUCAUCGUCAACGAAGAACAUUCAUCUGAUUUGAACAAGCCAACUAAAGUUACUCUCUAUGAAAAUGGAUUAGAGAAAAAGGGCUUUAAAAUACCAAGUAAACCAAGUGAACUAUCUGCUAAAUUUGUUACUGAUGAUGGUAUUACACUGAAAUGGAAUGAUGAACAAAAUGGGACAGAGAAAAUUAAGAAAUACAAAAUAAUGUAUCGAAUAUCGAAUGAAAAUGAUGAAGAGGAACAGUGGGUUGAAGUUUUUACAAAUGAUGAUAAAAAAGAAAUUUCUAUAUCAAAAUUACCGUCGAAAAAAAAGUUCAUAUUUAAAGUGCAAUCAGUGACAACAAUUGGUGUUAGUUCGAUGAGUGAUAUUAGUGAACCAAUUGAAACUCUGCCAAAGCGACCACUCAAAAAGAGCAAGCCUGUGUAUCGCAAUGCAUAUCUGGAACAACAAAUUGCACACGCAAAAGAUGGACUUCAAUUAUACGUCGACUGGAAACGUCUAACUGAUAAAGAUAUGGAAAUCGUCGCUUACUAUGCAAUACAAGAAAACAAAACACUCACCACACUCUACCUCCCUGAGAAUCAAAUCGGCGACGCGGGUGCCCAAUACGUGAGUGAUGCACUUCGACACAACACCACACUCACCACACUCUACCUCUGUCACAGUCAGAUCGGCGAGAAGGGUGCCCAAUACGUGAGUGAUGCACUUCGACACAACACCACACUCACCACACUCGACCUCUCUUACAAUAAAAUCAGCGAGAAGGGUGCCCAAUACGUGAGUGAUGCACUUCGACACAACACCACACCGAUCACACUCAACCUCUCUGGCAAUCAAAUCGGCGACGCGGGUGCCCAAUACUUGAGAAGCGCGGGUGAGCGCAACGGGAACUUGAAAUUAUGGUUUUAG